AACGGAAGUGACGUAGUUGGACGGGGAUAGCGCGGGGUCAUGGCGGCGUGUGAAGACGGUGCGGAGCUAAAGCGAAAAGCAAACGAUACAGAAAGUGAAGAUGGAGAGAGAAAUGAAGAUGAGUUGGUGGGACCCAUGCCAAGCGAGGCUACGAAGCCAAAGAAAAGGAAAGUACUUGAAUACGAGCGUGUUUAUCUGAACAACCUGCCGUCAGCUGCGAUGUACGAACGGAGCUAUAUGCACAGAGACGUUAUUACACAUUUAGUUUGUUCCAAGACAGACUUUGUUAUCACAGCCAGUCAGGAUGGUCACGUCAAGUUUUGGAAGAAGAAGGAAGACGAGGGGAUAGAGUUUGUCAAACACUUUCGGUGUCACCUUGGUGUGAUAGAAAGUAUUGCAGUCAGUGCUGAAGGGGCUCUGUUCUGUUCUGUCGGUGAUGAUCAAGCCAUGAAAGUGUUUGACGUUGUCAACUUUGAUAUGAUCAACAUGCUGAAGUUGGGCUAUCACCCGGGACAGUGUGAGUGGAUCUACAACCCUGGAGAUGCGAUUUCUACGGUGGCAAGCUCAGAAAAGUCCACAGGGAAGAUCUUCAUCUAUGAUGGCCGGGGAAGCAACCGACCACUUCACGUAUUUGAUAAGCUGCACUCUUCACCGCUGUCACAAAUCCGACUGAAUCCCAAAUUUCGAGUUAUUGUGUCUGCUGACAAGGCGGGAAUGUUGGAAUACUGGACUGGCCUUUCAAAUGAAUUCAGGUUCCCCAAAAAUGUGGACUGGGAAUACAAAACUGACACGGACUUGUAUGAAUUUGCCAAACACAAAACCUAUCCCAUAAGCCUUGCGUUUUCCCCUGACGGAAAGAAAAUGGCCACCAUUGCGUCUGACAGGAAAGUCCGGAUCUUCCGCUUCUUAACAGGAAAACUGAUGAGGGUGUUUGAUGAGUCCUUAACUAUGUUUACAGAGUUGCAACAGAUGAGGCAGCAGCUCCCUGACAUGGAGUUUGGGAGGAGAAUGGCUGUGGAAAGGGAACUGGAGAAGGUGGAUGGAAUUUGUCUGACUAAUAUCAUCUUUGAUGAGACCGGUCAUUUUGUCCUCUACGGGACAAUGCUGGGUAUCAAGGUCAUCAAUGUGGAAACGAACAGAUGUGUGCGGAUCCUCGGCAAGCUGGAGAACAUCCGUGUGGUCCAGCUCAGCCUGUUCCAGGGAAUUGCAAAGGCCAUGUCUGUGGCACCAACUGUUGAGAUGAAAGCGUCGGAUAACCCGGCCUUAGAGAGUGCAGAGCCCGACCCCACCGUUUUCUGCACCGCCUUUAAGAAGAACCGCUUCUACAUGUUCACAAAGAGGGAACCAGAGGACACUAAGAGUGCAGAGUCAGACAGAGAUAUCUUCAAUGAGAAGCCCUCAAAGGAAGAAGUGAUGGCUGCCACGCAGGCCGAGGGUCCCAAAAGAGUGUCCGACAGCGCCAUCAUCCACACCACCAUGGGAGACAUCCAUAUCAAACUCUUCCCUGUAGAAUGCCCCAAAACUGUGGAGAACUUCUGCGUCCACAGCAGGAACGGUUAUUACAACGGUCAUAUAUUCCACAGAGUCAUUAAGGGCUUCAUGAUUCAGACAGGAGACCCCACAGGUACAGGGAUGGGAGGAGAGAGCAUCUGGGGAGGAGAGUUUGAGGACGAGUUCCACGCCACACUGAGGCACGACCGCCCGUACACACUCAGUAUGGCCAACGCAGGCCCCGCCUCCAAUGGCUCACAGUUCUUUGUCACAGUUGUUCCCACGCCUUGGCUUGACAACAAGCACACUGUGUUUGGGAGGUGCAUAAAAGGCAUGGAGGCCGUGCAGAGGAUCUCCAAUGUCAAAGUGAACCCCAAAACUGACAAACCCUACGAGGACAUCAGCAUCAUCAACAUCACCGUAAAGUGACCCCGUGUCAGCUUUGAAGUGGUUGGUUUGUUGCACCAUGCUACAGCGCUCUGGUCUGCCGUCAUAAAUAUUUUAAAUAGAUUUUUUUUAACUGAUAGUGCACAUAUAUGACUUGUUUGACCUGUCAGUCUUCUCUGUCUUUCGGCCUGGUAAUUAAAUGCUCACUUUGUUCAACACAUUCAUGGGUUUCUUACUUGGAUUGAACAACGUUCCUCUGGGGAUAAGCUGAGCAGCUGGUGAAGCUGAUUUAGUAAAUAUGUUGCUGUGCACCUCCCGCAGACAAACGGGGGGGGAUCAGAGUCUCCUGUCUGAGUCUGGCAAAUGCUAUUCCUUCAUCAGCAUCAUUUCUUGGAUUUCAGUGAAAUUUCACACAGUAGUGUACCAUGUGG